UAGAUUAGACUACAUACAGAGAGAGGAGUGUAUAUUUUUAUUGCUUAGCGUACAUUGCGCCUACAUGCGGCGAAAAACUUCAGGUCUCUGAUGGAGCGGAAUUCACUCUGAAUCGUUGGUUUAUUUAGAGGACAAGUUACUUGUGCAAUAACUUAUGAGGUUUAGUUCUUUUAUUUGUUUUCAACUACUCCUUUUUGGAGUUUUAACAUUUCACGCGAUUUUUUAUUUUCGGCGUUGUUCAAAUGUGCAGGAGUUACAUUAUUAUUCGCAGAUAAUACAGCAUCAAAAUGAGAGCUCAAAUCGAGGUAAUCCCAUGCAAAAUUUGCGGCGACAAGUCAUCAGGCAUCCAUUAUGGUGUGAUCACCUGUGAGGGUUGCAAGGGCUUCUUCCGUCGAAGUCAGCAGAACAAUCCAAUAUACUCCUGCUCAAGGCAGAGGAACUGCCUUAUUGACCGAACCAAUCGCAACCGCUGCCAGCACUGUCGCCUGCAGAAGUGUCUGGCACUGGGUAUGAGCCGUGAUGCGGUGAAGUUUGGCCGCAUGUCAAAAAAGCAGCGCGACAGCCUCUAUGCUGAGGUACAGAAGCACCAGCAGUCCCAGGAGCGGGCAGGGGGUCUGGGCAGCACUGUACUCAGCCACACUGGUGAUGAUGCUGGGGAGAACGGCAACAGCCACAGCCGGGUAUACAGUCGGGGCUCCAGUUCCACUCUUAGUGACCUGGAUGACAUUACUACGCUACCAGAUGGCCUGCUGUUUGAUCUGCCACUCACACCAGAGGACGCUAGCGACUACUGCAGCCUGGAGCUGCAGGGAGGCAGCGGGGGGAGCAGUUCAUCCUCCCAGAGUUCCCCUGAGCCGAACAGACAUGAGUUUGGCGACUCAAUGCACAUCAAACACGAGUAUGAUUCGGGACUCUUCUCUCGCUCAUUGCUUAACCCACAUGAAGGCAGUUCCUUGAUGGAAAUUGAACGAAUCACACAGAUUGUGGUGAAAUCCCACAUGGAGACGAGUCAGUACAGCACAGAAGAGCUGAAGAGAUUCGCUUGGACCCUCUAUACACCAGAAGAGAUACGCGCCUACCAAAACAAGCCCACAGAGAUGCUGUGGCAGCAGUGUGCAGUGCGUAUCACGAACGCCAUUCAGUACGUGGUUGAGUUUGCCAAGCGUAUCUCUGGAUUUAUGGACCUGUGUCAAAAUGACCAGAUAAUCCUUCUCAAAGCAGGCUGCUUGGAUGUGCUAUUGAUCCGAAUGUGUCGGGCCUACAACCCCAUCAACAAUACGCUGUUGUUUGAUGGAAAGUUUGCGAGCCCACAGCUGUUUAAAGCACUCGGUUGUGACGAUCUAGUUAGUGCUGUGUUUGAGCUGGGCAAAACCAUGAGUCGACUACAGCUGUCGGAAGAAGAGAUGGCACUUUUUACCGCCACUGUGCUUCUGUCUCCAGACCGUCCUUGGCUGACAGAUGCUCAAAAGGUGCAGAAACUUCAGGAAAAGGUCUAUGUUGCAUUGCAACACUGUCUUCAUAAAAAUUGUGCUUCUGAGGAAAAAAUGGCAAAGAUGGUGUCCAAGUUGCCCAAGAUGAAGUCUAUUUGCAACCUCCAUAUUGAUAAGCUGGAGUUUUUCCACCUCCUUCACCCAGAAACAGCCUACAACUUCCCUGCUCUCUACAGGGAGGUCUUCUGCAGCGAAAUCACCUUCCCAGACUCCACUGAGGGCUAACAUUAAUUCAAGUGUCACAGUGGGGCUAAUGUCAGAGAGGUAGAGAGAGUUAAAGAAAGACAGGGGAUGAAAUAGGAGGUAAAUGGAUAUGUGUUUGAGACAAACAAUCAACACACUGACAAUCCUGCACAUUACACUUUAGGCCUCCAUCUAUAACCUCCCUCCUGAUGGGGUGAUUCAGACCCACAUUUCUUACGAGACGCUGAUAAAUGGCAGCAGUCUAACAUGAGGUGCUGGGUGUUUUUAGUCAAGCUACCUACUUAUAGUGACGCAUAUGGAGUAAACAAUAUAUAUGUAAUUAUAAACAGUACUAAAUUAAACAUGGAGCUCAAAAUCUCCCUAAAAAUGAAAUACUUGAAAAGUGGGUUAGGGGAUAUUUCCCUUAACCAUUUUCUUUGUACUCUUUGGAAGAGAGUUUAUUUGAAUGUAACCCAAAUGGCAUGUGGCACAGAUUAAGAAAAUGUAAAACAAGCCUUUGAGGCUUCGUUUUUGUAGUUUAGCCAUGCAGGCGAGAGUUUUGAAUCCAUGAAAGGGACCAAAUGCAAACAUGCAGCCCUGUUCUUCGUACUUUAGCAUUUCAGUGAGUCAUCCUGAAGUUGUAAAUGCCAUAUGAGCACCCACAUUUUCACUGACUUAACACUAACUAAAGAGCAUCACGCAGGCUUUGUACAAACACACGUGCACAGUGUUCUUUGUAGCUAUUUUAUUUUUGCAUAUAAAUGACAAAGAUGCAACUAAAUUAAUGAAAACCUCAUCCCUACUUCCCUUUCCAAUGCAAAUACCACUUCAAUUAAUAUAUUAGAGGUAUUUAGAUAUCCUCAUUUGAUUUUAAAGUGAAACCAAUAGAUGUAUUUCAAAAUAUAAAUAUAAGCAGAGCCUACAGAAAGGGUAAGAUAUAUAUGUAGAGAGAGAAAAAGAGAGGACAUAAUUAUGGUAGAAAGAAAGUUGCACCAAUGAUUGAAUAUUCUCUAGCCCCUUCAAAGACUUCCUAAACCUUGGAGUGGAAUUCUGGGAAGACAGGUCUGGAUUUGGAAUUUGCCUGACAUGCUGAUUUUGAAAGCUUUAGAUUUGGAUGCAGGUAAACAGCACUUAAGGCUCUGAUACAUCACAAAUAAAACUGGGGAAAUAAACACUGUCAUUGAUGCACUCUUAUACGAGCAGGACUUUGCUUUCAUCCCACCUUUGAUGACUGAAAGACAGUGCCACUGUGAGGGAGAGUUUCUGAAUUCGAGCCCCUCUAAGUGAGCGUGCACUCAAACAGCUGCCGUGGGAGCAGGACCUCAGGGGAGGAAACGGAUGGGUGGAACCAGAUAUCUUUAGAGAAAACCUACAGACAACCUGAGCUCACUGUCAGUCGCUAGGACACCACGGAAAUAAGGAACAGACGUCAUCAAGGAUAUGUGGAUUCACAGACUUUACCUUAUACUUUGAGUCUGAUGUGGGGAUCAGUGUUGUGUUGUUGUGUGAUUGUUUUUUCCCACCACCCCCUUCACCCUGUGUGUUCACAUAUAGCACAACUACUGGUUGACAGAGCCAUCAGCUACCCCCCUGAGUUAGGGAAUACUAUGGUUAGUUUGUUUUCUAAAACUUUGCAUAUUUUGUCAUCCAAACUGAAGGACAAAUCAUAUCUAUGAUUUGCAGUGUGAUAGCAACUUCUAUUCUUCUGAAUCAGGAAGUCCUACAAGAUGGAGAUCAAGACUGACCUCAGGGGAGAUUAGGAGUGGCCCAGAAACAGGUCAACCAAUCAAAGACAAAAGGAGGGCUCAGAACCCCUCUGUGCCCAGAUCCAGGCAGAAAAAAUACUUUUCUGCAGCUGUAUCAAAUUAUAGGCUAUGAGAGACAUUGUUCAGAAUGACUGAUAACUAUCAACCUCCAUUUUCCUGUCAGUUACACUUAAUAAGCUCUAAUAGUAAAUGUUUGCACUGCUGGAACAGUGCUGCUGUCCAAACUGUAUAUUUUCAUGUAAGAUUUUAUAUGGUUGGUAUAAUAUACUAUUUUCUGGGUGCUUCAUACAUUAUCAUAAUGUCUGCCUGUGCAAUAGUCAGUCUUUCCAUGUUUAGUAUCGAGGGCCCUCAAAAGCCAAGGAGUCAUCUCCUUGGAUAUCAUAAGCACUCCAGCUCAGAUCAUUUAACACCUACCUUAAGGUUGCUAAUUUCUGUAUACUCAACACUCGAAUAUCUUUACAUUUUUUACACUUGUCUAGUAUUAAUUGAUUUAAAGUUGAUGCGUGAAGGCAGAGAAAGAAUGUAACAAAGUGCAAAUACGUUGUAAAAAACAUUUCGAGUUUUAGAUGAUGUAUUUGUGGAGUGUAAUUUGCAGCUUCACAAAUUGUCCCAAGCGUUCACCACCAUCCGAGAGGGCAGUUCUGGAAGUUUGCAUUUACUUCUACACAGUCACUCAGGGAGAUAGCUGGGUUCUCUGUCCUAUGAUGUCUUCUUCAGUUAGCCUAGCAAGAUAACUUGCACCAAAUAGAAGACCUUAAACCUUAAUCACUGUGUACAGUAACUUUUCUUGUGAAUGUUAAUCACAGAAGAAUCAAAGACUUUAACCCCUGUCUUAUAUCAGUGCUAUUGGAGGACUUUUUGAAAAAAUAAAAGAAUCAAAAAUAUAUUAAAUGGCAUAUAGAUAUAUAUGGAUGAAUUUAAUCUUUGAUUCUAGUGUUGUGUUUUUAUUUGUUUUAUGUGAUCUUUUAUUUCUCUGUCAUUGCUUUUCUGUCAUAUAUUUUCAUACCUGUUUAGUGUCAUCCUUUGUCUUGAAUGAUUAAAAUCCUAUUCUUUUUUUAAAGAGCAUUUUUAAGCAGAAAAUCCCAUGAGAGUCCUCAUUCUUUUGCCAUGAUCCUUUUGUGGUUACUUUCAGUUUUAACUUUGUUGUUUUUAAGUAAAUAUAUCACAUGAUAGAUUUUAAGUAAAAUAAUGUAUGGUAUAUUAUGGAUUCAGACAUUACAUAUAAACAUACAAACAAACACAUAAAAAGAGUUAUUGUUGUACAAUUAGGAUUAAACACAUGGAUU